CUAAAUUUCCUGUUGAGUGUUUAAAGACUGGCCAUCAUAAAAUUUUAAAAUUUCCAUUCACUACAAACUCUCAAGUGAAUAUAACACUUAAAAAUGGAUUUAAGUGGCAAAAAUGUGGUUUACGUUGGCCUGGGUGGUAUUGGCUUUGAGGCCUGCAAACAGUUAAUGGAAAAGAAUUUGGCGAAUUUAGCUGUAUUGGAUCUGGCUGAAAAUCCAGAAAAUAUCCAAUCAAUACAAGCCAUCGACAAAGCCACUAAGGUGUGCUUCAUUAAAUGUGAUGUCACCAACAAGGCGUCCAUUAAAGAAGCCCUGGCCGAGGCAGUGAAUUUAUUCCAGUUUAUUGAUGUUUUGGUUAAUGGAGCCGGUGUCAUUGCUGAUCGUAAUGUGGAACUGACCAUCAAUGUUAAUUUGAUUGGUCUAAUCAACACCACCUUGGAGGCUUUGCCCUAUAUGGACAAGGAACAAAAGGGUCGUGGUGGUGUGGUUUUAAAUAUUGCCUCAGUAUUGGGGCUCGAACCUUGUGGUUGUAUUUGUGUUUACAGUGCUUCUAAGUUUGGAGUUGUAGGAUUUACACGUUCUUUAUCGGAUCCUUUUUACUAUAAUCGCACUGGUGUGGCAGUGGUGGGCUUAUGUCCCGGCUUUACUUCAACUGCUAUGACUACCGCUCCAAAAAUUAGUGAUACAUUUGAAUAUUCUAAGCCCCUGACUGAUGAAGUAUUCUCUUUGCCUUUUCAACCGGCCGCUAUAGCGGGAGAGCAUUUGGUACAAGUCAUAGAAAAAGCUGAAAAUGGUUCCCACUGGAUUACCGAUAGAUGUAACCUUACCAAAGUGGAUUUCAAGACUUUCUGGGAGGCUUAAGUGAUUUUUUUAACAAUUGGAUUUCAAGAAAUAAAGUUGGUAUUUACUCUAUAGAAAAGA